CUGUCCAUUCUACUAAAAUAUGGCACCCAAAAAUGAUGCAUCCGCCAAGAAAGUAAUGAACAAAGGCGCUUGGACGGCCGAGGAAGAUAGAAAACUAGCUGAGUAUAUUGAAAUUCAUGGGGCAAAGAGGUGGAAAACUGUUGCUACUAAAUCAGGUCUAAAUCGAUGCGGCAAGAGUUGCAGACUAAGAUGGUUGAAUUAUUUGAGACCCAACAUCAAGAGAGGAAACAUUUCGGACGAAGAAGAGGACUUGAUUCUUCGACUCCAUAAAUUACUUGGCAACAGAUGGUCGUUGAUUGCUGGGAGACUUCCAGGACGAACAGACAAUGAAAUAAAGAACUACUGGAAUUCUCAUUUGAGCAAGAAAAUAAAUAAAAAGGAGAAACCGCCACAACCAGUAAUUCUGCAAGAAACUGCCCAUCAAAAGACCUCCACCAACAUAAAUGAGGUUAACGAAGAAGGUGGGGAUGGCAGAGGAAUUGGAAACUCGGAAGUCAAUUUUGAUGUAAACGAAUUUUUCGAUUUCUCUACUGAAGGAUCCUACGGUUUGGAGUGGGUUAAUAAGUUUCUUGAACUGGAUGAAGAAUCUUGGCUCACUGAUAAAAGAUGAGCAUUUUAUGAAUAUUGGUUUUCUCCUGUAUAUAAAUAAAUUAUAUAAUUUUAAUCAUUCAUGAGUCAAUUACUUGUUCAUGGCUCAAUGCUCAAUGCCACAGGUAUUAAACAGGUAAGUUUGAAGUGAAGGACAAGGAAACAACUUGGUCACAAUUGUCGUGUAUAAUAAAAACAGACGAAACGAUGGUAUACAUAAAAGCUGGAUAUACACUGCUCAUGUUUCUUCAAUUUUGAGACAACAUUCACCUUUCAAAAUAAAUCCAUUAG